GAAUGUAGCUGAAUUUUUCAAAUAGAAAUAGCUUUUCAAUGGCUGAAACUCACUUUCAAGAAUCCAGUAAUUGUCUCCCCACCCUUUUCACUACCUCUUGCUCUCUCUCUCUCUCUAAAAAAAAAACAAAAAAAAGCAACAGAGAUAUGGAUUCAACCUCACUACCCCAAUGGUCAUCUCUUCCAAGUGAUCUUUUGUUCAAUAUCGCCAGCAUCCUCGGCACUCGCAUUGAUUUGCUUAGUCUCCGUGCUGUUUGCAACUCAUGGCGUUCCUCUCUUCCUCUCCCUCCCAAAGCUCCUCUCGUCAAACUUCCUUUUCCCAUUGACCCCAAUAACCCUAACCUCAAUCCUAACCGCCAUGGCCACUUUGCACUUAGUGAGUCCUUCAGUUACUCUCUCGAACCCAUCAACAGAGACCCAAAAAGGACUUGGCUUAUCAAAAUUCAAGAGUCAGAAUCUGGGAAUGUUAUUCUCAAAGACCCACUUGCUCAACACCCGCUUGCUGGCUUAGAUCGUUUGCCUAAAGUUUUGAACUUAUUGGAUUACAGAGUUAAGGAGAUAAGCAAAGGAUAUUUUGUUGAGUUUGUUGAGCAAGGUAAAGCCCCUUAUCCUUCCAUCUUUGUUAAUGAAAUGAAGUCGUGUAUUUCUAUCAAGCAAGUUGCUGUUUCUACGAGUUUUGACAAAAUUGGUGAUCAUGGUUUUGUUGUUAUGGUGAUAUAUAAUGGUGGGAAGCUGGCUUUGUGGAGAAUGGGAGACGAUAAAUGGAGUAAUGUAAAUGAUAUUCUAGAAGGAUCUGUAUAUGAUAGUGUUGCUUAUAAUAAUGGGAAGUUUUUUGCUAUUGAUGUCAAUGGAUUAACAAUUAGUAUUGAUCCAGCGAAAGCUUCGUUUGAGAUCAUGGAAGUUGCUCCAGCAAUACCACGGUCUGGGUUUGGACACGGUGAUAAGUUUAAGUACCUGGUUAAGUGGUUUUCGGAUUUGUUUUUAGUUGAGAAGUACCAUGAAGAUCUUUUUUAUUGGUCGGAGUCGGAUGAUGAAGAUGAUUAUCAUAUCAAAUUUAAAAUUUACAAGAUGAAUGAAGAGGAGUGUGAUUGGGUUGAGAUGGAUGGAUUGAAAGAUGCUGUAUUGUUUCUUGGUGAUGGUUGUUCGUUCUUUGUUUGGGCUAAAGAUUUAGCUUGGUGGAAAGGGAAUUGUAUUUGUUUUCUUAAUUACUUGUUUAUGGGAUCUGGUAGUGACGGCCCAGGGCCCAUGGCUGGGAUUUUUGAUUUUGAGGAUGGUAUUUCUAGGAAGUUAUCCAAGUUCUCAAGUUGUUCAAAGCUUUUUUGGCCACCACCAUCUUGGCUCAAGCACUACCCCUGAAUGUCUAGACACCUAAAGUUUUUUCUUUUAUCCUGCUUGCAGACUAGCUGUUUGAAGAGAUCUUCUUGCUUUUAUACAUCUAUGGAGAUGAUCAAAGCCAUAAAAUUUUAUCAAGGAAGUAGCAACUGCUUAGCUAAUCUUAGUUACAUAAAUAAUGCAAAGCAGUAGUCUCUUCCUUUACAUCACCUACUGUGUGCUAGAUGGUAGUUUUGUAAUCUAAUGUAAUAACGACUGUUGAUGGUUUUG